ACGGCAAUGAGCAGUGAGCAGUGUGUGGACGGAGGCCCGGAGGCGCGCACGGCCCGCGACCAGCCAGCCCAGCCGCCCCCGACACGUGCGUUCGCGCGCCAUGGCUUUGAAGCGGCUGCUCGGCACCUCGGACGUGCUGCUGGCCGGCGGCGACACGGCCGCCCCACUGGGGGACGUGCUGCCCCCGGAGGCGGCCGCCUACGUGCUUGGCGUGUACGUCGUGUGCGCGCAGCAGUGCGACGAGUUCACCCUGGCGCUCAGCGAUUUCUGCGCCAACGCGGCCGCCGACGCGCCGCAAAAGCUGCACGUGCUCGUGCUGUCCAUCGAGGAGGACGAGCAGCCCUUCCUCGACAGCGUCCGCGACCUGCCCUGGCCCGCCCUGCCAAGGACUGCCUCUCACAAAAAGAUGCGUCUUUUGCGGCGGCUGCGAGUGAAAGGGAGCGCCCCGAGUUUGGCGUUGCUGGAAAUGCCGUCGACUAGACUAAUCACCUCAGCGGCGCGGGAAAAGCUGACCCAGCAGCCGGAAAACUUUCCCUGGCACUCGAGGCCUCUAAAGGAAGCCCUCAAGGACGUCGAGCUGUCCAGCAACGAAGAUAAACCCAGGAGGUACCACGACCUCAAGGGCUACAAGGGUUUCUACUUUUCCGCAAACUGGUGUCCUCCGUGCAAGGCGUUCACCCCGCAGCUAGUCGAGACAUAUCACAAGAUUCGAGCCAAGGGACACCAGUUUGACGUCAUUUUUGUCAGCUCAGAUAGGAGCGAGAGUUCCUUCGAGCAGUACCGUUGCACCAUGCCCUGGCUGGCCGUGCCCUUUGAGCUGGGCGACCUGAGGAAGGAGCUGGCCGCCACCUUCGACGUCCAGGGCAUUCCUUCGCUGGUGGUGGUCGACCCUGAUGACAGGGUCGUCACCGACGAGGGACGCCAGGAAGUUUGUGAUGAUCCCUUAGGAAAGUACUUUCCAUGGCACGAACGACGGAUUUACCCCCUAACGGAGAGAACCAUGUUGAGAAUGCAUGACAGGCCGGCCGUGAUUUUCUUAGUUGAAAGUGAAGAUGAGCUGACGUUUGCCGAAGGUGCUUUAAUGCCAACGGCUCAGAAGUACUGGAACUCGUUGAGGGGAAACAAAUCAGAAUCUGCUGACGAUGAGGUGGAGAACGAGUUGCAAUUCUUCAUUGGAAGCGAUUCGGACACGACAGACACAGUGCGAGAAUUUGCUGGGCUGGACGACUGGGUGCCGCUGCUAGUGGUGCUGGAGGUGUUUAACCAGAGGGUAGCCACCCUGGGCGAGGGGGUGGAGGUGAAUGGCGAGAGCACGAGCCACUUCGUUGGCCAGUACCUGAGCGGCGAGCUGCAGUGGACAGAGCUGGCGGCGCAGACAGAAGAGUCGCUGGUGAUCGAGAAGAGCGCCGCUGGUGCCGCCACCGAGGGAAAAUAGAACGAAAAAUGCGGACAAACGAACAUUCACCCACCUUCCUAGUCUUCAGUGAAUCUUUGAGCAGGAGAAUCGCCACGGGUUUCCCCUUUGAACUGCCAUUUUUUCAGCAUUUACAAAUUUCGGAGCGAAACAAAAUUUUCUACACCUAUUUUGAAAGCCGUUUUAUUUUAUUUUUAUUUAUUUCCCCCACAAUGUUCGCUUGCUCAAAACGCCAGGAUUUUGUAUGUAAUGAAAUCAAAUGGAAAAGUCUGAUGAUUGGCUGACAUUUAAGUUCUGAAAAUUAUAUUAUUGGCGUUAAACUACAUAUAUUGAUCAUUAAUUAUUAAUAAUUAAUAUAACUAGAUGAAUGCAAUAGCUGACAACUGUGACGAAAGUUCGUGUAACUUUUACAUGUCCAAAUAGAAAUCUUGUCUAGAAUUUUGAUGAAUUUGCGGAUCUACACGUACACACGUAAACUCACCAUCAACAAAACCAAAAUAAUUGUAUCCAAUGCAUGUGACUUAAAAGAUUUUACUUGUAUAAAAAUAGAAAUUGCGAAGAAGGAAAAUUGGUAAUCAAACUUUGUAUCCAGCUUUUAUCGACGAUUUGUUUCAAAAUAAACGUUUAAAAAAUUUUGUUGCUUAA